AUGAAGUCGCCGGUUGAGACCCAUGACAGCACUGUCUAUUGCAAAUGCCAUUGUGAUGUGGGACAUGAUACAAAAGAUUGUAAGAGUUUGCGCAGGGCUCUCGAUGGGCUGGCGACCAAAGGUUUUCUAGAAACAUACCUCAGCACGAGUGCAAGGGGAAAUGGGAAGAAAUUCUAUAAGAAAAGAAAUUCUCCAUCAUACCAUCGUGAUGGAAAUGACACAGAUCUAGAGUGUGUAGCGGUCAUCUCUGGUGGCCUUGCGGCUGCAGGCCCGACCAUGAGAGGGAAGAAAGAUUAUGCAAGUCGGUUGGGUCAGGUAAUGUUACCUGGAAAGGCACCGAUGGAUCACUUUCCAAAGGUGGAAAUUUGCGAGGCCGAUAGGGGGAAGAUAGCAACUCCUCCGGACGAUCCCUUGGUCGUAGAAUUGAAGGUAGCAAACCUUAAAGUAAGACGCAUUCUGGUAGACACUGGAAUUUCAUCAGACAUUAUUAGCCUGGCAUGCCUGAGUCGUCUUGAGCAUGACCCCAAGACAAUUGAGAAAAUUCACUAUCCCAUCAUUGGAUUUGGAGGCGGCGUAAUCCAUCCUCAGGGCAUUAUUACCUUACCUCUUCGAAUAGGCGGACGACAUCAAAGUAGGAACUUGAAUGUCCGGUUUUUGAUUGCGAAGGACCUAACUGCAGACAAUAUCAACUUGGGACGACCCACUCUGAAUCAGACGAAGGCAGUAGUUGUCACUAACCUCAUGCUAAUGAAAUAUGUUUGUGAUAAAGGUCAAGUUGGCACAAUUCAUGGUGAUCAACAACAAGCUAGAUAUUGUUAUCUAACCACCCUGAAUCGCGAAGCUUGGGAAGCGGGCUAA